CCUCACUCCCGCUGUUGGACAAACUUGUUGCCGGGCUCCUUUCCUGCAUCCGCGUUGAUGAAACUCUUUCAGCUCCGGAAUGAGUCAGAGUUGAUAUUUUAGGUAGAUAAGGAUAAACAUACUUGACUUGUUUGGCAGCGUUUUUCAGCUUCAAACCCCGUAGGGGCUGCACUGCACACCGAGGAGUUUGGGUGAAGGCAGUGCUGGGAUUUAAAAGAUAGGAGAUUUAAGAGCUUUUGAGUGACACGAGUGCCUUCAAAACCUCAGAAAUCUGGUUGCAGCGCCCUUUGAACGAUGUUGGACAUCCCAAGGCAGCAAAAGAGAGCCAUGUCCAACGCCCAGACCUCCAGCUCACUAUCCGCAGCGUACACGAGGCUUGUGGCGGAUCAAGCAGUCCAAGAUGAUCUAUACAAGAAGGUUCAUGAGUCGGAUGUUGUUCAUUUGUUUGUGGGCAUGUGGUAGUGGAGAGACAUCAGAGACACCCAGCGCAGCGUGUGCAUCCCAGUAUGUCAAGAGCGAGGCUUCAUGGAAGUCAAUGUCAGGAGCCAACACCUUGUACAUCCCUGUGGAUCAUCGGCCAAAUUGGUACUGGCAAGAAGUCUCCAAGAGGCGUGGCGGCUUGGAGCCUGUAUCUGGAUAUGAAGACCUAUGGCUCGACCGACUUUUUGCUGAGGCUCAGAUUCAGAUUUUGGGGUGCUCGGUGCACGGUGGACGUUACUGGGAAGUUGUUUUGGACCUGCCACGGCUGUUCCAAAUCAUCAGACGAGCUGCAAGACCGAUCUUCUUGAGACUUUUAUCGCGCUUGCUGGUGCGAACAGAUGAUGAAUUGAAUUCAAUGGACGACUUGCCUGAUGUCAUGCGACUCAGCGUUUGCGCCCCGCAGGUGUGCGACCAGGAUUUGAUGGUUGACAUCAUUGUACCCCAGUUUUAUGCGCCAAUGCUGAUGGGAGCGAAGCCAGAACGCAAGCUUCUGAACCGGAGUUUUCAGGACGUGGUACGUGUAGAGGAGUUGCUGGAUUGGUCAUCGAUCAACAUCGAUUUUGCGAUUGGAGGGACGGAUGGCUGCGGUACCUCAUCGCUGCAUCGAAACCUCGAGCAGCAUCCAGAAUUGGCCUUUUCAACUGUUGGUGAGGACUUUUUCUUUACAGCCGAACUGGCUCACAGGCUUUUGCCACUGAAGUCGCAAGUGGAAAGCUAUAAUACACAGCUUGAGGAGAUAAAGGACACCAAGUUGAAAUCUGUUGGAUUUCGCCCAAAGAUCAUGGGUAUUUGCAACCCUGCUCUCUUCUCAACUGGCUUGGCCCGGCGAAAAUUGGCCGGCAUGCCAAAUUUAAAGAUGAUUGUGAUUUUGUGCGAUCCAUUGGGCCGACUGGAGAAAAACUUCAUGGAGUAUCACUACUGCUUUGAUUCCUUGGCUGAAGCCAAACUGCGUGGACUCGCUUCCGGUGCUCGAGAUGACGAAGCCUGCUUUGCAAGUGCUGGAUCGCUUUUGUCAGAACGCUUUGGCAAGCUCAAGCGCUUUUGGCAGCGGCGGGAAGUGGCGGUGCAUAUGCCAACACUCAUGAACCUGUUUACGGGGCGUAUUAUUGUGGUCCACCAAGAGCAGCUUCGAAUCCGCCCAAACGCCGUGUUUUCCUCCCUCGCCAGUUUCCUGGGUGCAAGAUAUACCUUUCGAUCUCAGACCAGCUUUCACCGCUACAAUUCAGUGGGAGGCCACCGCACCGACUUGUGCCAUAAUGCAACACUGGUAUCAGCCCUCAAGAGACACCUAGAACCCGAGUACCAAAUGCAGGAGCUGCUAAUGAAAGACGCCCAGGAGUUGGUUCCUGAAAGCUUGUUAUUGAGAUCCACUCGGUGCGAUCGCAUUGCUACGGAAGAGGCCACGUACUGCCCAAGUCGUUCGGCCUGUGAAUAGACAACAUCCUGGAUGCUCGUGGUGUGAUGCCUGCAAUGUGAAGUAUGAACAUCGGAUUCUGAUGAUCUGAUCAUCCAGCUAUUCAGGAAUCAUUCUGGGGUCAAGACUAGCCAUUCAAAAACAUCGCUGAUUCUUUAGGAGCUAUAGACUUUGUCUUUGAAGUAUGAACUUGCUCACUGCAGUUGAGACUUAAGGAAGCCUGGCGACCUGCUCCCCGCCCACACUCAAACCCAUGGCUGAAGGAAGUUGCUGCAUAACUUCAUAACUUUGAAGUCCUGGAUGUAUGCCUCACGUGGUUGCUCCUCCCUUCCAGCGACUUGCUCACGUCCGUCCGGCGAGUCGGACGUUGGGUGGAUGGCCACCCAAAGGUGGCAUUCCAAUUGAAGCAGGCGUGGAUGGACCGGUUUUGUAGUCACUUGUAGAUGUUGCAGCCGCAGUGCUUGCAUCGACACGUGAAAGUGUGCUUACCGAAAACAACUUAUUAAGACUUCUCAAUGGCUCCUUCAAGGCUUCAGUUU